GGACUGGUGGGCCAGCCAGAUCCAGCGCUGGUCCCUGGGCUCCUCCGCGGCGGACUGGCUCGCCUUCUCGCUGGCGCGGGACGUGGCCCUGGGCGUGCUGGCGUGCCGCAGCAGCCGCGGGGCGCGCGGGGCUCGCCGCGCGGCCGUGGGCUCGCUGCUGUACGGGAUGCUCCGGCUGUCGCUGAUGGAGCCGCAGGACCAAACAACGGCGCAGAUGGUGCUCAGGCUGCUGCCGUCCGCGGUGCUGGUCGUGGCGGCGCACUUCCUGUCCGCGGCCUCCCAGCGGGCUUGCGAGGGCGCGGGGGGCGGUGGGGUCCCUGCGGCGGCUGCGGGUGCUGCCGCAGGUGCCGGCGACGUCGCAGACUCGCAGUACUCCUCCAAGCUGUCGAAGCUGCAGACGCUGAUGCUGCUGCGGCCCUACUUCUGGCCCUCCACUGGCGAGCCUAUGGAAGUGCUUGUCAACCGGCUGCGUGCGGGCUGCACCUGGGGUUGCGUUAUGCUCUCGAAGCUGUUUAAUCUUGUGUCGCCCCUCUUCCUUGCGCGAGCCACCAACGAGGUCACCGUGCAACUCUCCGCAAAGUCGCCAUCGCUGACGACUGGCAUUGCGCUGAACUUGAUUGCCUAUGCCGGGCUGAUAUUUCUGUCCAAGACACUGAAGGAGGCGCAGUCGCUGGUCUACAUCAAGGUGCAGCAGGCUGCUUACAUCGAGAUAGCCGACGAGACUUUUGCCCACCUCCACAACCUAUCGUUGGAUUGGCAUCUGCGCAAGAAGAUGGGCAACGUCAUUCGGUCGAUGGACCGCGGCAUCGAUGCGGCGCAGAAAACGAUGCAGUAUGUGUUUCUGAACCUCCUACCGACUCUCAUGGAGGCGUUCGCCAUCAUACUCAUCUUCAUCUUCCACUAUGAGAACAUGCGCCUGGCGAUGUUUGUGUUGGUUAACCUCAUCUUGUACAUCUACGCCACAGUCAAGGUGACGCUUUGGCGGAAGCAGUUCCGGACGGCCGCGACGAAGAGCGACAACGAGAUCCACGAUCGCUUGACCGACUCGAUGGUGAACUACGAGACCGUGAAGUAUUUCACCGCGGAGGACUACGAGCGACGGAUGUACAGGAACGCGGUCGUCAGCAACCAGGUGGCCUCCAUGGCGACGCAGGCGUCGCUGUCCUUUCUGAACAUACUGCAGCAGUUCAUCGUCAACUUCGUGCUGGCCGGGGCCAUGGGCAUCGUGGCGCUCAAGCUGCUGCGCGAGGGGGGGCAGCUCGGUGAUUUCGUUGCCGUGAACGUCUAUAUCAUCAACGUUUUCACCCCGCUGAACUUCCUGGGCACCAUCUACAACAUGCUCGUGAACGCUGUUGUGGACAUGCACAACUUCGGCCAGCUCCGAGCGGAGACCUCAGAGGUGCGAGAUGCGCCCGACGCCCGCGUGCUCGAUCUGGCGCCCAGGCCCAACGCGCCCAUGGUGGAGUUCCGCGACGUCAGCUUCGGCUACUCCAGCCAGCCGCAGGAGCGGUCCAUCAGGUGCGUGUCGUUCCAGACGCCCCGGGGCGGCUCGACCGCCCUCGUGGGGCCCACUGGGGCCGGCAAGACGACGAUCACGCGGCUGCUGUUCCGCUUCUACGACGCGGUCUCUGGGGAAGUGCUCCUGAACGGGCAGGACUGGGAGGAGGAGGAGGAGGAGGAGGAGGAGGAGGAGGAGGAGGAGGACCCUGAGAUCUGGGCGUCGCAAGCUUUCCACAACGGGCGAUUUAUCCCAGUUUCGCGCCUUCAGGAUGACAGAUCGAUCGACCAUGCCACAGAAACAUGA